AUGGGCUAUGCCAUGAAAACAAUUUCACUCAUUCUCUUGAGUAUGAUAGUUCUUGAAGUUCAAGCACAAUUUUACACUUUCAAUGUCAAACGAUUGGGAGCUAUUCCAGACGGGAUAUCUGAUUCAACCGACACGCUUUUAAAUGCAUGGGAAAUGGCAUGUCAUGGAAAUAUGGAAGGACAAAGGGCGAUUUUCAUUCCACCCGGGGUUUACUUAGUUCGUCCAUUGGUAUUCGUUGGCCCGUGUAAAGGACCCGUUAAUGUUCAUAUUUCUGGUAUCCUUAAAGCUCCCGAAGGGAUUUUAGGUGGUGCUGACAGUUGGAUCGCCUUUCAAAAUGUCGACGGGAUGAAAAUCUACGGUCAAGGAUCGUUGGAUGGACAAGGGGCUUCGGCUUGGAGUCACAACAAUUGCAAAGGGAACCCUUUUUGCAAGACUUUACCGGUUUCAUUAAAGUUAAUUUCUGUAUUAAAUGUUAAGAUCAAGGGAUUAACUUUCCUAAACAGCAAAUUUUUCCACAUCAACAUUUACGAGUCUUCAAAUAUAUUGUUAAAAAACAUCAACAUAGUCGCUCCUGCCGACAGCAUCAAUACCGACGGUAUCCACUUAGGCAAUUCGAAUAAUGUUCGGAUAUACAACUCGAUAAUAUCUACUGGAGAUGACUGUAUCUCCUUAGGUCCGGGCAGCACUGACGUCAUUAUCUCAGACGUAAAAUGCGGGCCCGGGCACGGGAUCAGCAUAGGAAGUCUAGGAAAAUACGCUAGAGAAGAAAACGUGAGAAAUAUAACGGUCCAAAGGUGCGAAUUAACUGGCACGACAAACGGUGUCAGAAUCAAGACAUGGGCCGAGUCUCCGCCUAGUGCCGCAUCCGACAUGUUGUUCAAGGAUAUUGUCAUGAAUGAUGUCUUGAAUCCGAUAUUCAUUAAUCAAGAUUAUUGUCCUAAUGGUAAUUGCAAUAGGAAGGGUAAUUCACGGGUUCAAAUAAGCAACUUGAUUUUUGACAAUAUUCGGGGAACUUCGAGCUCGGAUGUGGCGGUUAAUCUACAAUGCAGCCACUCGUCUCCUUGUUAUGACAUUCGUCUCCACAAUAUUGACCUGAGGAACGCCGACUCUGGUGGAGAACCGAUUGCAUCGUGUUCGAAUGUUAUAGGAACGGCAUCGGGCAAACAAUCCCCUAUUCCUUGCAUUUGA